GGAGCGUUGUAGAUCUCCCCACUCAUCUCUGUCGCCUAAAAGCGGAGCAUUGUGCAUCUCCCCACUCAUCUCUGGGCAUUAUCAAAGUGUCGUAAAGUGAUGCUUUUGAGGACUCCCUACUGAAGUCCUAAUAUUUAGAUGAAAUCUUAUUUUCCACAUGUUUUAAACAGAUUUUUCUGAUUUAUCUGUAUAAAAUAAUAGGGGACAAUGGGUAUAAAGACAGGAAAACUUGCUUUAUUAGUUAGCGCUGCAGGAACUGUUGUCGGCGGUGUUUACUUAAUAAAAGCAUAUGUCGGUGGCACGCUAUAUGAAGGUACUCAGAAAUUAACGGACAAAGUAGUAAUUAUUACCGGUGCUAAUACUGGCAUUGGGAAAGAAACUGCUUUGAAUUUUGCAAAACGUGAAGCCAAAGUUAUUAUGGCUUGUCGUGAUAUGCAUAAGUGUGAAAAGACACGAAGGCAGAUUGUAUUAGAAACUAAAAAUAGAUAUGUAUAUUGUAGAAAGUGUGAUUUAGCAUCCUAUGCUAGCAUUCGGACCUUCGUUGAUCAGUUUAAAAAAGAACAAUCGAAAUUGGAUAUUCUUGUAAACAAUGCAGGUGUAAUGCGAUGUCCUCAAUGUUACACAGAAGAUGGAAUAGAAAUGCAACUUGGUGUUAAUCAUAUGGGACAUUUUUUGCUCACCAAUUUAUUGUUGGACACUUUAAAGGCAUCUGCGCCAUCAAGAAUUAUUAAUGUUUCAAGUAUAGCACAUACUCGUGGAAAGAUUAAAGUUACAGACUUGAAUAGUAUUGAGAGUUAUGAUCCUGGUGAAGCAUAUGCACAAAGCAAAUUGGCCAAUGUACUUUUUACACGGGAAUUGGCUAAGAGAUUAGAAGGUUUGCGAAUUUUAUACAUAUUGAUAAUGUGUUACAUAGCGAGUACUAUUCAUUUGUUAGGUACAGGAGUUACUGUGAAUGCUGUCCAUCCAGGAAUCGUUGACACUGAAAUCACUCGUUAUAUGAGUUUUUAUAAUAGUAUUCUCAGUGCAAUUUUUGUCAGGCCUUUGGUAUGGCCAUUUAUCAAAUCACCAUUGCAGGGAGCCCAGACCAUUAUAUACGCUGCUGUAGAACCGCAGUUAAAGGACGUCAGUGGCAAAUAUUUUAGUGAUUGUAAGGAAACUGAUGUCUCAGAAGAAGCAAAGGAUGAGAAGUUAGCUAAGUGGUUAUGGAUGACAAGUGAAAAAUGGACUAAGUUAAAUGUCAGCUCCUUUGUGACGGCUGCAUAAACAGUUGUUUGAGCACCUUGAGCAGGAUUUUUGAGUAAUAGCCACAUCCAUGGUUGCAUUAUCAAUUUAAUUAUGUACGUGGAACUGAUUGGAGAUCGUCUCAUGUGAUUCGUACCUCUCACGAGACCAGGAUUUGUAGCAUUAAUUGUCACAUUAGUUUCUGAUGCAAUUAAAUGAAUAUAACAUUAAGCUACA